AUGAUGUUUCCCGUCGAGCUGUUGAAGGCUUCUUACUUCUCUACCGCUACUGAUCAGGCACUGUUUUACUUGUCGAGUUUUCGUCCAGUAUUUUACAUCUCCGACCAGCGUCUACAGCUUUUCACUCGAAUCUUAACCUUUGUUACCAUUUUCACUCUUCUGUUCCUUGUUCUGUCUUUGACGAUGCAGCUCGGAUCUUCUCUUGAGACCCCUGAGGUGACCAAGGUUAUGAACCAAGGAGGGACCAACUAUGUUGAAUUGAUCAAGAAUGCUGACUUGGUUCAUUCUGCUUUAGCCAACCUUCAAUUCCUCUACGGAAGAGACGUCCCCAUCGAGAUCCUGUCCCAGGUCACGCCCCCUGACACCUGGCAGGUCACCGUCCUCAAGACCGAAGACGGCAUCCGCUCAAUUGCCAUUACCGAAUCUGGCGAAGGCUUCACAAACGUGCUCAAGAAAGCCCACUACCAAUCCGGCGAGCUGCUCACCGAGUUUGCCUGUGAUCCCACGCAGGACAACUCCACCCUGGGCAGGCGUGAGGCGCUCCAGGUUGACAUUGCGACCUCUGUGGCCGACAUGUUGACGGGCAGAAACAAGGAGAGUCUGGACGGCAAGGUUCCUGAAGGGAAGGCCUCUGAUGAUCCUGCCUGGAAGGAGGCUUUUGAUAACGCGCGAAAGCUGAUGGGCCCCAACGACGGCGACCCUCCGCGCUUGCUUGCUGCGGAUAUUCGCUGGAUCAACGAGCUGAACCGCAAGAAGCUGGAUGACUUUUAUGCAAAGAAUCCGCAUAAGAUGCCCAAGGGCGGGCCUAGCUAUACUCUUCUGCCAGAGCCUGCUGAAUCGGGGGAUUCAUCCUCUACGGGGAUUGCUUGGCACAGUCGGCCACGAAUCAACCCAUCUACAAAUGCCCAGAUCACCACCACGGCUUCAUCUACCUCUGCUGAAUCCUCUGUCCAGGGCGCUGCUUCUGCUGCUGCCGUCCCCGUGUCUCCUCAACAGGGGGCGUCAAAGUCGUACAGGGAGGCUCUUAACACGAGGAUGCACUCGCAGGCCAUGGCUAGGCGCAUGGCCCCGAACAAGAAGCGCCAAGGCAUCGUGCUGUACAUCAACCUCAGCGGCUGUGGCGAGGCCGUCGUUGCGGACGAGUGCCAGCUCAGCGGCGCUCUUUGGCGAGGCCAACGCGAGCAAGAUGCCGGCCGUCAUAUUUAUGCCGGAGAAUGCGACAAAGUACAACGUGAUUGUCAAGGGGAUGCGGGUCAACGACGCGGUGGCGCUGCUGGGCCCGCAGUUUGGAGAUGA